GAGUGAUCAGGCAGUGCAUGGACGGAUGCAAGCAGGGGGAGGACGGCGAGACACGUUGUUGUUGUUGUUGUUGUUGUUGAUAUUGUUGAUAUUAUAAAGAUUCUGCUUUAAUUUCACCAAGUGGAGCAAGUUAAGUGUGAUGUUUUGGCUGCAUGUUGUAAAAUCCCUCUCAACAACACCACCUCCGACACCAUCCUCUCAGGAGUGAUGGGCUCCAAAUUGACCAGACAGAGAAGUCUCGAUUUUGAAACAAAAGUGUCCAAGAGGAGACGCCAGAGGAAUGACAGCCCGGGAGAGAACGAGAGGAGCGGGGACUUCUUGUUUACCUCCCUGAUGCUGAAGUCCGACAAGCUGCCCGGGAUGCUGCGGAGAACAAACCACUGCCCGUAUGUGAGGAGGGUGGCGUGGAUCCGGGAGAUCCAGAGACUCCUCCGGGAGCAGAAGAUGGAGCAAGCUGGCGAAGUGCUCAAACUGCUGAGGAAGGAUUUGGGACUCCAGGGAUCGUCACUCAAUGACAUUUUGUACAAGAACGCAGCUUUUCUCAACCUGGUGGACCCCAUUUCUCACGAGCUGCUGCUCAGUCUCGCCCGCGACCUGCAGUGCCCGAAAAGGGAGACUGACUCGUUCAAGUCCACCACCAAGAUCUGCCGGCAGCUGAUUUACCAUCUGACCCCUCACUCCAAGUGGACGAGACAGAGCGUGCCCAGGAGGAAGUCUCAGGCCUGUCUGAAGACCACCCUGAAGAAGAAGGUUACCGGUGACCUGGUCAACCUGUCAGGCAUCCCGCUGUCCGGCCGAGACGUCCACCGCGUGGCCUUCUACCUGCAGAGCAGCAGCGAGGCGGUGUCCACGGUGGACCUGAGCUUCACCGAGCUGCGGGACGAGAGCUUACGGCUGCUGCUGCCCAACCUCGGCUGCCUGCCCAAACUCGCCAUACUGGCCAUGAAUGGCAACCGCCUGACGAUGGCCAUCCUGAAAGACCUGACGGAUGCAGUGAAGGAUCCCAAGAAGUUCCCCAGCCUGGCCUGGGUGGACCUGGGCAACAACGUAGACAUCUUCACCGUGCCGCAGCCGCUGCUCGUGGCUCUGCGGCGCCGCUUCGGUUUACGCAGCAGCCUCCCGACCAUUUAUGAGUACAGGGAGGCGCAGACGUUCAGCGGAUACAACCCGAACUUGGAGACGUCAGUGGAGGAGCCCAGUCUGUACGAGGAGGGCGAUGGAGAGGAGGAGGAGAAAGAGGAGGAGGAGGACAGGCUGGAGCUACGAGCAUGGGGAUGUAGAGAAGGAAAUACGUCAAAGAAUGUGCCGCUGCACUUCAGUGGGAGGUGAUCGCCAGCAGCUGCUUUCUUUAGACUGGCUGCCCCUUACAUCCCUCAGAAUCACCUCUGUUAGCAGCUGUCAUUGUGUCAGAUGCUUACCACUUGUUUCCUAAAAUAAUAAAUAAAUAGCUGUGUUGUGUCCCUAUGGAUGCUCUGACUAUUGAAACUCUACAAUGUGAUGCAGGCAGCUCUGUAGUCGUACAACGUUUUUAUUUAUUAAGUUUAACACUGAACACAUUUGCUGGUUCCCAGUGCUUUAUGUUCCUAUUGUUUUGUGCUCUCACAUCUUGAAGCUCCCCGUUAUUUUCCACUCAGCUGAGGGUUAAGUGCCUUGCACAAUGGCAACACAACAAGAGAGGUUGAGGAAGGAUGGGGGGGGGGUUAAUAAUUUAUUUUCCAAGCACAUUUUACCCAGCUGGUCUCUCUUCACCGCUGCUUCCCUAUUUCUGUGAAAAAAGUCUGAACAUUUUUGCUCUGAUGUGUAUGUUUUUAGACAGAACUCAACUGCAGGGAGAUUAUGCUCACAUUAAAUAUGCGUCCAGUUUUCUUCUGUUGAUAGUCGUUAUUCAGAAAUAUUUAUAUGAUGAGUUAUAGUGAGUAAAUGACACAUACUGAAUCCAUUUGUAUUUAAACGUCCAGGGUUGAAGCUGCAGGAGUGUUUGAUGAACUGAUUUCUGCCUCCAUCAGUUCUUAGUCCCCUUUAGUCACAGAUGGCGAGAACAAGAUCUAUUUUUUCUCAGUAAAUAGGACUAGCCCUAGAUAAUUUGGUCCACUUGUGGUUUGUGAAUGAGUCUAUUUAUGAAUCGGACGAUAAGCACGGAGAAAUAAGCCCACUCUGUUUUUAAAGGCGAACACAGACAAUGAAACAGUUACUAACACCUCUGCUUUUAUCUUCUGUGUUGCUACAUACAUUUGUUUUGGCAUGAGUAAACUGCAGCCGUUUUUUGCUUCUUUUUAAGGAUCUUUUGGGGUAUUUUGUUAAAUGGGCAUGACCAUUAGUGUCAACUUCAGAUCCCACAGAGAGAGAGCAUGUUUACAUUAAUGUUCCAAUAAGUGUGAUUUAUUUUUUGGGGGGGAUUUGAUAAAUAAUUGUCGCAUGAAAACACAACUUCCCACACUUAAUCCUGCCUACAGAUGUUAAUGUGGUCUGUUCUCUUUCCAUGCUAUUAUUCAGGAAAAUAUGAUAAUUUGUGUUUACAGGAUGUUAAUGAACAGGGUGUGUGUGUGUGUGUGUGUGUGUGUGUGUGUGUGUGUGUGUGUGUGUGUGUGUGUGUGUGUGUGUGUGUGUGUGUGUGUGUGUGUGUGUGUGUGUGUGUGUGGUGUGUGUGUGUGUGUGUGUGGUGUGUGUGUGUGUGUGUGUGUGUGUGUGUGUGUGUGUGUGUGUGUGUGAGUGAGAGAGAGAGAAUAAUUAGUGUUUGCCAGUGUGCAUGAAGUGUUGUGGACAUGCAGAGUAAAUUACUACCUUCGAUCGUAGAAAUUACAUUUGUACUUAUUUGCACUUUAAGGAUAGAAACGUCCCUCACUGCACAUGCUUUGUGUUCAAUGGGUUGUUGUUUGUGUAAAAAAUAAACUCACUAAGUCCCCCACAUCAUAAUUAAACAUUUUAAUUUCAAUGUUUUGGUUUUGUAUAAUUCAUCAACCUACCUACAAAUCACUGUCAUAAAAAAAUAGAAAAUAUCAAUUGUAAAUGUAGUUCAUUAUGCCUUUGGCUCAUUAAACCAUGGCUCGCUUUUUGAAGUGAAAGUGAUGUCGACCUGCUGUUGCUUUCAGAAUAAACGUGAUUUGAAUAACAUGUA